AUGGCUAAUUGGUCCCCUGAAAAUGCCAAGAGAGCUUAUCUCCAAGCACUCAAAAUGGCCAAAAGAGAUAAAGAACCUGAUGUAGCUGAGUUCAUAUCUGCUCUUGCAGCAGGCAACAAUGCACAACUCAUGAUGGUGGCCGGUGCUGGUGUGGCCGGUUCCGCCACGCUUGCUCUGGCUGCAGCUGCUCAUCAAACUGGUGGUCGUGUGGUAUGCGUAUGUUGUGACCAAAUAGAGACACGUGCAUUGAGAAAAGAUCUUGGAGUUUAUGGAGAUCGUGUUGAGUUUGUUGUAGGAGAUGUGAGAAGGCUUCUGCUAGGCGAUUACAAAGGAGCUGAUUUUGUGCUUGUGGAUUGUGACAUCACUAAUGCAAGGGAAGUUUUUCUAGCAGCAUUUAAAGGGGCCAACAAAGAUGGUGCCCUUGUGGUUGGAUAUAAUGUUAAGCAUAGGGCCUCAAGAUGGAGACAACUAAGAGCAUCAUUUCUACCCAUUGGAGAAGGGUUGUUGGUGGCCAAAAUAGAUCCAAAUGUGAAGGGUAAUGACAGGGUUGUCCAAAGGAGGAGUCGUUGGAUUGUUCAAGUGGACAACUGCACUGGAGAGGAACAUAUUUUUAGGGUCACCCCUCCUCAUAAGAAAGUGCAGAUUGAAGUCUAA